GUUGGACAGGAAGUUGAAGAACAUCAUUAUGCGCGAGCUUGAUCCAAACACCCGGAAGCAGCGACGCUGAAUGGAAGAUGGCUUCUGGAGGCAAACUAUCCUUCCUCCUGUUCUUCACCGCAUUCGUCUCUACACUGUUGAAUUUGUGUGUCUGUCAUCCUCUUUCUGCUCAGCCACUAAGUCCAAACACUGCAGUCUGGCUUGUGUCCAACAAUACUACAAAGAAAGACAUGGCAGCAGAGGUGGCAGGUUAUACUGAUGUGGCCAAAAGGAUCAUUGACCUGGCUGUGUACGGAGCCGCCCAGAACCGCUCUUACGCACGGCUCGCCAACUUCACCGACACCAUCGGGAAUCGUGUUAGUGGCUCAGAGAAUUUAGAGACAGCCAUUAAAUACAUGUACAGUGCUAUGGCACAGGACGGGUUGGAUGUACAUCUAGAGCCAGUAAAAAUCCCACACUGGGUGAGAGGGAAAGAGAGUGCUGAGAUGAUUUUACCAAGAGCCAAAAGUCUGCUGAUGUUGGGUUUGGGCAGCAGUGUGGGUACACCACCUGAAGGGAUUAAGGCGGAGGUGUUGGUGGUCCAGUCUUUUGAUGAACUUGAGGUUAGGGCUGGUGAAGCCGUUGGGAGGAUUGUGGUGUUCAAUCAACCAUUCGUCAGCUAUGGAGCGACGGUGGCUUACCGUUCGUAUGGUGCGUCUGCAGCGGCCAAACACGGUGCUGUGGCAACACUCAUUCGAUCUGUCACUCCGUUCUCAAUUAACAGUCCCCAUACAGGUUGGCAGAACUACCAAGACGGAGUGAAGCGCAUCCCUACUGCCUGCAUCACUGUGGAGGAUGCUGAGCUGAUGUGGCGCAUGGCAAAGAGGGGGCAGAAGAUUGUGGUCAGGCUCAACAUGGAAGCCGUCACCCUACCAGAUGUUCAGUCCUUCAACACAGUGGCGGAGAUACGAGGUUGGCAGCAUCCUGAGCAGGUCGUGUUGCUGAGUGGCCAUUUGGACAGUUGGGAUGUGGGUCAGGGCGCCAUGGAUGAUGGGGGUGGAGCCAUGAUUUCCUGGGAGGUCCUGUCACUCAUUAAAGACCUCGGUUUGCAUCCACGCAGAACUCUGCGCACAGUGCUGUGGACCGGUGAGGAACCAGGUGGAGUUGGUGCACAGCAGUACUACAACUUGCACAAGGUAAACAUGUCAAACUUUGACCUGGUCAUGGAGUCUGAUUCCGGGACGUUCUCACCGGUGGCUCUGCAGUUUACUGGCAACAGUGCAGCUCGACAGGUGAUGGAACAGGUGGUCAAACUUUUGGCUCCUAUUAAUGUGAUCAAAUUGGAACCAGAUGGAAAAGGGACAGACAUCUCAUUCUGGAUAAAGGCAGGAGUACCAGGUGCGAGCCUCCAUGUAGAAGACAGGCGCUAUUUUUGGUUCCACCACAGUGAGGGCGAUACCAUGACUGUUCAGGAUCCUCGAGAGAUGGACCUCUGCUCAGCACUGUGGGCUGUAGUCGCCUACGUUGUGGCCGACCUACAGGACAUGCUCCCCAGAUAAAACGCACUGCCCAAUUUAAUCUGCGGACUUCAGAAAUUUUAUAUUUUAAGCAAGUCAAACUUUUAAUUUAUUGUGGCUGAACAAGAGCCAUUCAUGCUGGAGCACUUUAUAUGGAGCUUUUAUAUGAAACUCAAAGUUUUAUGAUGUUUUAUAUGAAACUCAACUCUGCAGUCUCACUCCAUUCACUUGUGUUUGAGCCAUCUUAACACGAGGGUGCAAAUCAACUGCAAUCCCUUUGAAAAACAGAAAAUUGAUUUUGACACCAGCGGUGGGUGUCUUCUGCAACUCUGCUGCAGCAGGUUCCAGAAGCAGAAGAUGUAGCUGAUGACAUUGCUGGUGGUAGAACAGGAGGUGUAACUACCUUUAUUGGCAAUUCAAACUCGUUCUUAACGUUCUGCACCUCAUCAGUUACAGCACUUUAGCUAGGUGCCUUCUUAACGUUCCCCAAAAAUAUGUUCAUCACCUCAAUGUUGAUAACUCCAUCAUACAUCUGCAAUACACACCUCAGCUGGUGACACGUCACCUUCAAACUGAUGGCCCGCCUGCAGCUUUUAAUUUAGGUUCAGGUGACUUUAUUUGCACCCAUAGGUAGAUUUGAAUUGCAGCAAACAGCAAAGAAAAAAGGUGUCCAUGUUAGCCAGGCACAACAACAAUGAAAACACUAAUGAAGAACUAAUAAUUUAUUUAAACGAGCCAGUGAGGAUGGACUAAUUCACUCGCCUACAAUUACUAUUUUUUUUGUUUCCCUGUCCCGAUGUUACAUGUUAAGACUGUAGAAUUACAGGUGAGAUAAGCAACGGGGCUAAAUACUAAACACAGGGAAAGAACCAUGACUAAAUUAAUAUUAUAGAAAGCCAUCAAAAGAAAUAGGACCUUAAUUUGGAAGCAGCAUGUUUGUCAAAGCUACACUCUGAGCUCAGAUUCUUUGUUUUAACUCCAGUAUACUGUUGAGCUCAGAACUCUUCCAGGACUUCACUGCCUUUGGAAGAAUUCCAGACUUUAACUAACAUAGGACAUUAAAAGUUACCUUUGAAAGUAAGUGAAUGCCUUUCACCCUUGUUACACUCAAAAAUAUAAACGCAACACUUUUGGUUUUGCUCCCAUUUUGUAUGAGAUGAACUCAAAGAUCUAAAACUUUUUCCAUACACAAUAUCACCAUUUCCCUCAAAUAUUGUUCACAA